AUGCCGGCAAAAUUACUUGUUGAUGGGCUGUGGCUUUGUUUCCGCCCAUCCUUUAGUCCACUUAUUCGAACACGGGCCACACAGUCGUUUCCGAAGAAGUCACGCGCAUCAUUCCCGAUCGCAACGUUCAAGAGACCGGUCUCAUCCGUGACGGGAUCCCAAGAUCAGCCACCGGAGGAGCCGCGGUUAUUGUGGAAAGAUGGGGCUUUCGGUUUGGAGGGAGAGGAAGGAGAGGCAUCGAUACCAAGUUGGGACGCGGAUUCCAAUGUCCCCGUAUUUCCUAAAGAAUUUCCGGAGCACAAUGUGACCCGGCCCAAAAAGACUGUGGAAAGGGUGGAAUCGGAACCUGAAGAAGUGUAUGAGGCGAGGAUGCGAAUGAGACCCAAAAGGUUUGCGCCGGCUGAAGAACUCAAGAAGAUGGAUUCAGCGUACCUCGAGUACAAGCUGCUCAAGGUGGUCGGAGAGAGACCGAACCACCAAGCUGCUUUACGGAUCAUUCGUGAAUUGAUCGGGAACCGCCACGUUGAACCGCAAUCACGGCAUUAUCAGGCGAUGAUGUUAGCGAAUGCCGAUUCGAGGAAUGGGUCGGCUCUACACGCAAAGCACAUUUUGGAGGAGAUGGAAGCUCUUGAGAUACCGCUUACUUCAGGUGUGCUGCAUGCAGCGUUAAGAGUCCUCGCGAUCCAUCCGGAUUACUUGUUGCGUCAAGAAGUCCUCCACAGCAUCCGAGAUCGAUGGCUGGCACUAAGCCCUGCUGGAUGGCAUAAUCUUGUUACCGGGUUGCUUCGUGAGAGACAAUACGAGCUAGCAUUGGAUAAGCUUGAACGGAUGGAAGUGCAAGGCAUAGUUGUUAAGCCGUGGCUGUAUUCACUUGUUGCUUAUAAUCUCGCGGACGCCGGGGAAUUCGACGAGGUUUUGCAUCUAAUGAAACCCCGUGUAGCGAUGGGGUUACAGUUUUCAGCGAAUCUUUGGUUCCAUAUGCUUGACCAGGCGAGUGCUGCGAUGCAUGCGGGAUUAACGAGCUUUAUCUGGAGACAACAAGUACUUCGUGGAUAUAUGAUACCUUCCUACGGAGUUUGUAAUAAUGUUCUAGCAAUUUGUGCUCGCACUGGGGAUGUCGAGAUGGCCGUUUCUGUGUUCGAUACUCUGGGCCAACGCCGCGGUGCUUUCACACUAAACGACUACGAAUCUCUCAUUGAAACUUAUUUGACGGCCGGAGACAUCGAUUCCGCUCUCCGGGUGCUAUGCACGAUGGAGAACACCAACGUUGAUGUUAGCGAAAACUCAACUCGUUCUCUUCUAUCUUCUAUCCUCUUAUCAGACGCGGAGACCGAGCACACCUGGCGGACCCUCAAACGUUUCCAGACAGAAGAGAAUCAGAGUAUUCCCCUUGCAGCUGCGGACCUUGCGAUCGAGAUUUGCGCCCACAGAAGUGACAUAGAUGGAGCGAUGGGUAUAUACCGUGAAAUACACAACGUCUGUUCCUCCAGCCCGAACUCAUCGACUUUCAGCCUUCUUUUCGAUGUUUGCCGCCAAACGCAAAGGCCGGACAUGGCCAGCUUUUUCCUUCAAGAAAUGCAGUUGCUCAAGAUUCUGCCAACCCAGUCAAUCUAUGAGAGACUCGUACUUCUAUGCGUAGAAUCGAAUUACUUCGAAGAAGCGCGUAAAUAUCUGCUGGAGAUGACACAGUCAGGGUUUGCUUUGACGGAUGUUGCGAAGAGACAGGUCAGGAAGAUAUGCGCCAAAUCAGAUGACGAUUCUGCACUCUAUCUGCAAUAUGAUGCCGCUGUGAGGAAGCCAAUAUCAAGAGGCCUUAAGCCAAUGAGCGCUGGAGCCACCACCAGAAGUAACUAA